CUUCGGAACAUGUCCCUCCCCCCAGCCACCUGGGAAAAGGAAGCAGAAAAAGGAGAAAUAGCUAGCCACUCCACUUCCUUCCCAUCUGGCUCUUGGACAUGUCUGACUAGCAGAAAGCAGCUCUACAAGAGAAGAGAGCCACAGAGGAAGAACUUUCGGCCACAGUCUAAUAAUAACACGGAGAAUCUAGCCAUCAUGGGUUCUGUGAAUUCCAGAGGUCACAAGGCAGAAGCCCAGGUGGUGAUGAUGGGCCUUGACUCAGCAGGCAAGACCACACUCCUGUACAAACUGAAGGGCCACCAGUUGGUGGAGACCCUGCCCACUGUUGGUUUCAAUGUGGAGCCUCUUGAAGCUCCAGGGCACAUGUCACUGACUCUCUGGGAUGUUGGGGGGCAGACCCAGCUUCGGGCCAACUGGAAGGAUUAUCUGGAAGGCACAGAUAUUCUCGUGUAUGUGUUGGACAGUGCUGAUGAAGCCCGCUUACCUGAGGCAAUGGCUGAGCUCAUGGAAGUCCUGGACAACCCCAUCAUGGCCAGCGUCCCUUUCUUGGUGCUGGCCAACAAGCAGGAGGCAGCUGGUGCUCUUCCACUGCUUGAGAUCAGAAACAGGCUGGGUCUGGAGAGAUUCCAAGGCCGCUCCUGGGAGCUCCGGGCCUGCAGCGCCCUCACUGGAGAGGGGCUGCCAGAGGCCCUGCAGAGUAUGCAGAACCUGCUGAAAUCCCGCAGCCACCUGUGCUCCAGGUGAGAGCCCGUGGGAGAGGAAGCUAAGAGAACAAGAAAUCUUGACCAGGACAGAGCAGCUUAUCUUAGCUCAGAUGAAUUGGAAGAACAAGCCAGUCCUUGAGAAACCUAAACUCUUUUAUCAAAGAAGAAAUCCUAUUCUUGGACAGGAAUUUUUUCCCUCUGGACUUAUCCUCACUGGUGCUCAUGUUGACAAUCAAAUAUUCUUUGAAUAAUAUUCUAAAAAGAAAAAAAAAAAGCCUCAACACACCUCAUUUAAUAGCUCAUUACCAAGUGUAAAUAGAGCACUUGUAGUAAUGGAGUAACAGGUAGUUACAUCCUAAUUGAAAUCUGAAUUCACAGAGGAAAAGAGGUUUCAAAAUCAAAGCAGACUAUCAUCUGGAUGUGGCCACAAUUAUUAUGGGUGAUUUGCCCUGAUGGCCUAUGUAUAUGUGCUAUUAUCACUCCAGGUGUAGGUAGCCAGGGGUGACAGAAGUUCACCGAGGUGCUCAGCCCUGGGCAAGAAGAUGGGGUUAAAGUCCUCCUAAAUUGAUCCUGUUAACCCUUCUCUACCCUUUGUCAUCCUGUGUUUCUCCCUCCCCCACACCCCCCCAAAAAUAAA